ACAGUCUGCAGGGAGGGGGAGAACCGCGGAGAUAAAAGAGCGGGCGAUGUUGGUCCGAGAGAAGACUUAGUGGGAAGGAUCACUGGCUUUUAUUGCCGAGUGCAGGGCUGCAUACAGCGCCGGCUGUCUUACCUUUUUAUUUUUUUAUAUCCAGGGUGGAGCUUUGCAUGCUGGUUACUGCAGGGCUGUCUCCCCCUCAGGUCAUGGUUGCCUCUGUUAGAUACGCAUCCAAGAAGACUGGAGGUAGCUCAAAAAAUCUUGGCGGGAAGUCACCAGGCAAACACUAUGGCAUCAAGAAAUUGGAGGGUCAAUAUGUUCAUGCUGGUAACAUCAUUGGAACUCAGCGUCAGUUCCGCUGGCAUCCAGGAGCUCAUGUAGGACUGGGUAAGAACAAGUGUCUAUAUGCCCUAGAAGAGGGCACUGUCCGCUACACAAAGGAAGUAUAUGUGCCCAGUCCCAGCAGUCCUGAAGGUAUAGACUUGGUCACCCAACUGCCCAAGGGUGCUGUGCUCUACAAGACUUUUGUCCAUGUUGUCCCUGCCAAGCCUGUGGGCACCUUCAAAUUGGUGGCUAUGCUCUGAGCCUUUUGACCAUGUCAUUGGUUGAAAAUAAAAGUCAAAAUGCCAGAAGGAGAUCAAGCUAGAUGCCAUGGAAUCAGGGUGGAAACAAGUCUCCCUGAGAGAGUGAGUUUGGUUGACUGCAAACACAGAAGAGACUAUAUGAAGCAACCAGCCAAGGAGUAAUGAGGGUGGAUUUAUUUGAGGUCCAAAAUAAAAUGAGUUCAAACCGUGAGUUCAUAUCAUUUGAAAAAUAAAUCUGGGUAAGCUUGGA